AUGUCAACAUCACAGAAAAUUGCCUUUCUAUUUGCACAGCACGGGCUGAAUAUGCGUCGGGCUGCUGGCACACAAAACUAUGACCGAUCAGGUCUUUGGAAUCUUUCUAGACGAAGUCAUUGCGAAGCUUGA